AUGGUUUCUCUUGCCAAAGAGCUUCUAAUACAAUCUCCUAUUGGCAGAAUUAAAUGGCUUCAAGCACCAAACGACUACACUGAAAUUAUCGAUAACCUUGCAAGGACCUUCAGAGCUGGGAAGUCUGGCCUUAGAUUAAAAGAUCAAUUUUCAACAGAUGUAACUGAUUUCAAUUACAAUGUUUGAGUAAAUACUAGCGAUUCUCUUGAACUAUUUUUAACAGUUGAUUAUUCAGCUCCAGUAGACACUGAAGAUACAUCAGAACUCUUUUCACAAAGGUCUACUGAUAUAUCUGAUUUAAAAAAUAAAGCAAUGAUGAGAGCUCGAGAAAUCGGGGAAAAAUCAGUAUCACCUGAUCCUCCUCAGAGAGGAACAAGGGGCAAGAAGGCUGCUCCAAGAGCCAGAAUAUCCGAAGAAGAGCAGAAAAUGAUUCAAGGACUAGAUAUUCUUAUGAACUCCUGUGGAUUCACUGACGAAGCCAAGUGCAGAGAAGCUUUGAAAAAGUCGAAUUAUGACCCUCAGCAAGCAAUUAAUUUAUUGUUUGCUUAG